AUGGUUACCGAUCUUCAAAAGGCGGUCCAGGACCGCAAUUACAUGUCUGUGCGGUACUACAUGUCACGUGAACCCAAGCAGCUGCUUCAGCGGGACGACGACUCACGAACGCCGCUGCAUUGGGCCUGUUCAUUGGCUGAUGCCCGAAUCGUUUCUGAUCUCCUCCACUGUCCCGAGUGCAAUUUCGAGAUUGUGAUCGACGACAUGGCAGACGACAGCGGGUGGACGCCGUUCCACAUUGCUUGUUCUGUUGGAGACCUCGAGACGGUGAAAUUACUAGCCAAUUUCAACCCCAAGCCAGACGUUAACCUCAAGACAAAUUCGGGCCAGACAGCUCUUCAUUUCGCUACAAGCAAGCAACGUUACAAUGUGGCCGAGUAUCUUGUGGUGGAAUGCAGGGCCAGUUCGCGGAUCAAGGACAAACGGUCCCAGAUCCCUCUACAUCGGGCAGCUUCUGUGGGGUCGAUCAAACUGUGCGAACUACUGAUCAACAAGGGAAAUUCACCCCUCAAUGCACAGGAUUCAGAUGGCUACACUGCUUUGCACCAUGCCCUGAGCGAAGGACAUGGAGAACUAGCGGUGAGACUGGUUAAACUCGGUGCAGACUUCCGUUUGCCAGACAAAGACGACAAGCUACCUGUUGAGGUUGCUGUUGACGAUAAGGUUCAGAAGUUCUUCAUCAAAAGCUUGCAAGAAGAAGGAUUAAUCGAUUAA